AUGUGCAUCGUUCCUGAGACCUAUAUUCAAAGCAUUUAUAUAAUUUCACAGCACUUUGAGAACCUUUUAUUUUCUUUGUACAGACCUUCCUGAUUUUCCCUCCCACUUCCCUCGUCCGACACUUUUCUCUUCUUUUUUACUUCAUUACAGCCAGCCCUCCACAACUCCCACGACUCCCCCUCCACGCUAACAGCAACCAACAGAUACCAUACAUCAUGACCAGCGACGAAGGCGCCAGCAACAAUGAGAUCCUGAUCGCAGCAUGCAAGGAUGACAAUUUGGACAUGCUCGAGCAGAUUCUUUCAGCAGACAGCAGCAGCUUUGACAUCAACCAUACAGACGAACUCGGCAAUUCUGCCCUUCACUACGCUGCCCGAUAUGGCUCCACAGGAUGUUUAGAGAUCCUAUUGUAUUACGACGGCAUCAAAGUGAAUGCGAUCAACAGUGACGAAGGGGAUACACCCCUGCACAAGGCCGCGGGAUAUCAGGAUGUGGAGAGUGCAUUGGAUAUGGUUCAGAUCCUGAUCCGCGGAGGUGCCUCGCCCAAGAUCAAGAACAAAUUACAACAGACUCCCGUAGAUAUCGCGGCUGCUGAUACCCAUGCGGAGGUCAAGAUUUUUUUGGAGAACGCCGCCUUGGGAACUCACCAUGAUGAAAGGGGCGCCUCAGUGGAGGAUGGCGAAGUAUCAGAUGGCGAGCCCGGCGACUAUGAAUAAGAGAAGAAUACCGACAUACCCCCAACCCCCAACCUCAACCUCAAUCUCAAUCAUCCUUUAAGCAUACCCCUAGACCAGGAACCUCGCUCGAUUUAGUGGCAACAAAAAACAAUAACAAAGGAAUAAAUAACUGGAUGAUGAUUGUGCACCAAGGAG